UGCAAGCAUCCGCCUCUUCCGCUGACUGACUGAUCAACUUCAAAACAGCCUUUUCUAAGCGUGACCCUCUUAGAGAGUGAGGUGGUUAUAUUGAACGUUGUUGGCCUUUUGAAAUCGUACAAAUAUGCUGUGGUUGACGUUGAGGCAAAUCGCACGGCCAUUGUGCCUGCGUGCCCCGGUGGCCCUGAGCAGCGUUGGGGCGAGGAGGAGCCAGCAUGCGGCUACCCGUAGUGUGGAACAGGAGGCCCCGUGGACUGGGCAGGACAGUCUGGCCCAGGACGACCCGGAGAUGUGGAACUUGCUGCGGAAAGAGAAGGACAGGCAGUGUCGAGGACUGGAGCUCAUUGCCUCUGAGAACUUCUGCAGUCGGGCUGCGCUGGAGGCCCAAGGAUCCUGCCUCAAUAACAAGUACUCAGAGGGCUACCCAGGCAGGAGGUACUACGGUGGAGCUGAGGUGGUAGACCAGAUAGAGUUGUUGUGCCAGAAGAGAGCCCUGGAGGCCUUUGACCUGGACCCUGCCCUGUGGGGGGUGAAUGUCCAGCCCUACUCUGGCUCUCCCGCCAACUUCGCUGCCUACACCGCUGUCCUCAACCCUCACGACCGCAUCAUGGGCCUGGACCUGCCUGACGGUGGACAUCUGACCCAUGGUUACAUGUCUGACACCAAGAGGAUAUCUGCUACCUCCAUCUAUUUUGAGUCCAUGCCCUACAAGCUCAAUCCUGCCACAGGGCUCAUUGACUAUGACCAGCUGGAGAUGACUGCCCGUCUCUUCCGGCCCAAGUUGAUCAUUGCAGGCACCAGCGCCUACGCUCGCCUCAUUGACUACGCUCGCAUCAAGAAGUUGUGUACGGAGGUGAAAGCCUACCUGCUGGCUGACAUGGCCCACAUCAGUGGUCUGGUGGCUGCGAAGGCUGUCCCCUCGCCAUUCAAGUAUGCUGACAUGGUCACCUCCACAACACACAAGUCCCUCCGAGGAGCCAGGGCUGGUCUGAUCUUCUACCGUAAGGGCGUGCGUUCUGUGGACAAGAAGGGGAAGGAGAUCCAAUAUGACCUGGAGGACCGGGUCAACUUCUCUGUGUUCCCCUCUCUUCAGGGGGGACCCCACAACCACGCCAUCGCUGGGGUGGCUGUCGCUCUCAAACAGGCCCAGACGCCGAUGUUCAGAGAGUACAUUGGCCAGGUGAUGCGUAACUCCAAGGCCAUGGCUGAGGCCCUACUGAGCAAAGGAUACACCCUGGUGUCAGGGGGGACGGAGAACCAUCUGGUGCUGGUGGACCUGAGGCCUAAGGGCAUUGAUGGAGCCAGAGCAGAGAGAGUUCUGGAGCUGGUGUCCAUCACAGCCAACAAGAACACCUGUCCCGGGGACAAGAGUGCCCUGGCGCCUGGGGGCCUCCGGCUAGGUGCCCCGGCGCUGACCUCCAGACAGUUCAAGGAGACGGACUUUGUCCAGGUGGUGGAGUUCAUGGACGAAGGCUUUAAGAUCGCCCUGGACGUCAAGAAGAAGACUGGGAAACUUGCAGCCUUUAACAACUUCUUGUUGGAGGAUCCAGAGACGGUGUCUCGCAUGGCAGAGCUGAAGAAACGAGUGGAGGCCUUCGCACGUCCCUUCCCCAUGCCUGGCUUCGAGGAUCACUAGGCCCUCCACACACACACACAGGGAGAGAGAGCGGAGGGAGAGCGAGCGAGAGAGAGAGAGAGCGGAGGGAGAGCGAGAGAGAGCAAGGAGAGGGAGAGUCAGUCGAGUAUUUCCAUUCCAAUAUCCAACACCUAGCGUACUACUUAGAAGGGAGCAGAAAUGUAUUUGAAGAUGAAUUUGAAGUGGUAGGCUAUUAUGGACAUUGGGAUCUUGGUGGUGGUCAGUGAUUGGAGUCAGACCUGGCGUAACCUCACAGACUUAUCCAAACAGAUGGGAGACCUUGGUUAUAAUCCUUUGAUGUCAUCUGUUGACCUCUGACCUAACGUGAGGGUAAUUCUGUAGCUUCUAACCCCCUUUGUAUGUCUACACAAACAAAAAACAUCCUUAUUUUCUAAGUGUUUAUUUUCUGCAUGUUUUAAGGUUGUAGUGGAGGAGAAAGAGCUCAACGUCAGACCCUGAGAGAAAUGUCAUCUAAACUUACUGUCACCACAAACAUACAUUUAUUAGAAGCACAGAGUCUUAAACUGUAAAUUAACACAUUGUCUUAAUUGAUCGACUAGAUGUUCGUGAUGGAGAUUUGAUUAAUACAUGUCUGUCGUACAACCCUGUGUGUGUGUGUGUAACCAACUCCAUUCAAACUCAUCUGAAGUAACCCUGGGCCUCAAAUCCUAUUCGAAAUCGUUCCGUUAUUUGUUCUGUUUGCUCUAGCUUGCCUAGAGUGCCAGAUUGAAUCAUCACAAAACUAAGUGAACCUAUCGUUCCAUGAUGUCAGGCAAGCUCAAUCGAGCUCAGAUAAAGGUAUAUGUAAUAUCUAUUUUUAACUUGAACCCAAGUCUCAUCAGAAGUCAAAGGGUCCCAAGCCAGAGGUCAGGGGGUUGACUGGUGAACUCCAUAACAGGACCGUUCCCCUGUUAUACCUUAAUACAGAUAUCAAACCAGAUCUCAGACCAGGCCUUCACUAUCCUACAGAUAUCAAACCAGAUCUCAGACCAGGCCUUCACUAUCCUACAGAUAUCAAACCAGAUCUCAGACCAGGCCUUCACUAUCCUACAGAUAUCAAACCAGAUCUCAGACCAGGCCUUCACUAUCCUACAGAUAUCAAACCAGAUCUCAGACCAGGCCUUCACUAUCCUACAGAUAUCAAACCAGAUCUCAGACCAGGCCUUCACUAUCCUACAGAUAUCAAACCAGAUCUCAGACCAGGCCUUCACUAUCCUACAGAUAUCAAACCAGAUCUCAGACCAGGCCUUCACUAUCCUACAGAUAUCAAACCAGAUCUCAGACCAGGCCUUCACUAUCCUACAGAUAUCAAACCAGAUCUCAGACCAGGCCUUCACUAUCCUACAGAUAUCAAACCAGAUCUCAGACCAGGCCUUCACUAUCCUACAGAUAUCAAACCAGAUCUCAGACCAGGCCUUCACUAUCCUACAGAUAUCAAACCAGAUCUCAGACCAGGCCUUCACUAUCCUACAGAUAUCAAACCAGAUCUCAGACCAGGCCUUUACUAUCCUACAGAUAUCAAACCAGAUUCAGACCAGGCCUUCACUAUCCUACAGAUAUCAAACCAGAUCUCAGACCAGGCCUUCACUAUCCUACAGAUAUCAAACCAGAUCUCAGACCAGGCCUUCACUAUCCUACAGAUAUCAAACCAGAUCUCAGACCAGGCCUUCACUAUCCUACAGAUAUCAAACCAGAUCUCAGACCAGGCCUUCACUAUCCUGACAGAUAUCAAACCAGAUCUCAGACCAGGCCUUUACUAUCCUACAGAUAUCAAACCAGAUCUCAGACCAGGCCUUCACUAUCCUACAGAUAUCAAACCAGAUCUCAGACCAGGGCUUCACUAUCCUACAGAUAUCAAACCAGAUCUCAGACCAGGGCUUCACUAUCCUACAGAUAUCAAACCUGAGCUUCACUAUUCUACAGAUAUCAAACCUGAGUUUCACUAUCCUACAGAUAUCAGAUCUGAUCUCAGACCAGACCUUCACUUCAUACGUACCCUUAUCACACGAUCAUUCCAACCAAACGAUGCUGGCUCUGAAGGCUUUUCCCAUGGUCCUUUUCAGCAUGGUUCUAGCAACGAUGGUGGAUGCGUAACCAGGCCAGCUCGGUAGUGUAUGAUCCAACAACCUGCUGCAUAUAUUGUUAGACUGAUAAUGGUCCAAAAUGACCAUACAAUAAACAGUUUCGUGCCAGUCCUGGCUUUCUAAGUGUUGACAAAGAAGAAAUGAUUUUGUAUGUAUUUUAACGUUACAGAAUUAAAGAAUUCUUUAUUUUCCAACACUG